UCAAACUGAGGCGCGCGCACACACUCACACCCACCCACCCAGACACACACACACACACACACACACACGCCCAUUUAUAGAGGCGGUGGCGGCGGCAGCGGCCAGGGCGGCGGCGGCGGCGAGCGCAGGAAUGAUGGAGCUGAGCCAGCCGACCCGGGUUGGAAGCAAGUGAGGAGAGCCCAGGCGCACCCCGAGAUUUCUGUGCCCCGCGCUUGUCAUCCUCCCCAGGGAACGGUGCACCGGGAGGAGGACCGGCUGGACUGAUUUGCUAGGGAGAGGGCGUGGAAAAGGAGGAGGCCAGGUGAGCGGAGGAGCCCCCUGCGUAUCCGGACUGCCCGAUCGCGCCUUUGCCCGGCUCCUGCCCCUUCUCCGCCCAGGUGGGCGCGCCCGCUUCACCGCUCGCAAGGGGCGCUUUGAGGAGACCAGAAAGUCGCGGCCCGGCUGCGCGGGAUGCCUUUCGCCAAGCGGAUCGUGGAGCCGCAGUGGCUGUGCCGUCAGCGGCGCCCGGCGCCCGGCCCGGUGGAGGACGCGAACGGAGGCACCAAUGAGCCGCCGCCGCCCCUGCAGCCGCCCGGCCGACGGGACGAGGCCGUGGCGCCGGGGCCGGAGGAUCCUCCUCGCGCGCCCCCCGCGCCUCCCGGGCCGCCGCCGCCGCUGCCCACGGCUGCAGACCAGGCGCAGCCGCCGCACGGAGAGGCGCCCGCGGCAGGCGAGGAGAGCCCGGCGGGGGUCCCGGAGGCGGCGUCCACGGCUGGCGAGGCGUCCUCGGCGGCGGCCGCGGCCGUGCUGCUCAUGCUGGACCUGUGCGCAGUCAGCAACGCCGCGCUGGCCCGCGUCCUCCGGCAGCUCUCGGACGUGGCCCGGCACGCGUGCAGCCUCUUCCAGGAGCUCGAGAGCGACAUCCAGCUCACCCACCGCCGCGUCUGGGCGCUGCAGGGCAAGCUUGGCGGCGUGCAGCGCGUCCUCGGCACGCUGGACCCCAAGCAGGAGGCAGUGCCUGUCUCCAACCUGGACAUUGAGAGUAAACUGAGUGUGUACUACCGUGCCCCGUGGCACCAGCAGAGAAACAUCUUCCUCCCAGCCACAAGGCCGCCCUGCGUGGAGGAGCUGCACCGCCACGCCCGGCAGAGUCUGCAAGCCCUGCGCAGAGAACACCGGAGCCGGAGUGAUCGCCGGGAGCAGAGAGCCACUGUCCCCCUUUCUGUAGCAGCUCCUCCACUGCCAGCCUACCCGCCAGCUCACAGCCAGAGGAGGCGCGAAGUUAAGGACCGGCACUUCUUAACGUUUAACAGCACCCGUUCGCCCUCCCCCACUGAGUGUUGCCACAUGACCCCAUGGAGUAGAAAGUCCCAUCCCCCAGAGGAUGAAGAUACAGAUGUCAUGUUAGGGCAGAGGCCGAAAAACCCAGUACACAAUAUCCCCUCCACACUGGACAAGCAGACCAACUGGAGCAAAGCACUACCUCUCCCGACGCCAGAGGAGAAGAUGAAACAAGAUGCUCAAGUGAUUUCUUCUUGCAUUAUUCCCAUCAAUGUCACCGGAGUUGGUUUUGACAGAGAGGCUAGUAUACGCUGCUCUCUUGUUCAUUCACAAUCCGUACUACAGCGGAGACGAAAACUGAGGAGGAGGAAAACCAUCUCGGGUAUCCCCAGAAGAGUCCAACAAGAAAUAGAUUCUGAUGAAUCGCCCGUGGCCAGGGAAAGGAAUGUGAUUGUGCACACAAAUCCAGACCCUUCCAACCCUGCCAAUAGGAGGUCUGGAACCAGAGACUCAGAGUGCCAAACUGAGGAUAUUCUGAUUGCUGCUCCAUCCAGAAGGAGAAUCAGAGCUCAGAGGGGUCAAAGCAUUGCAGCUUCCCUUUCUCAUUCCGCUGGCAACAUUUCUGCAUUGGCAGACAAAGGCGACACCAUGUUUACUACUGCAGUGAGCAGCCGCACAAGAUCUCGGAGCCUUCCCCGGGAGGGCAAUAGAGGUGGGGAUGCUGAGCCUAAAGUUGGUGCUAAACCCUCAGCAUAUGAAGAGGGGGAGCCUUUUGUGGGCGACCGAGAAAGAACCUCUAAUGAUUGCAGCGAGGCUCCCAGCAGUCCAAGUGCACAGGAACAUCAGCCUGCUUUGGGCCUGUCCUGUUCGCAACAUCUUCACAGCCCCCAGCACAAGUUAAGUGAGAGAGGGAGGUCACGUCUGUCCCGAAUGGCUGCCGACUCUGGCAGCUGUGACAUCUCCUCCAACUCAGACACCUUUGGGAGCCCCAUCCACUGCAUCUCCACAGCUGGUGUCCUCCUCAGCAGCCACAUGGACCAGAAGGACGAGCACCAGUCAUCCAGUGGCAACUGGAGUGGGAGCAGCUCCACAUGCCCCUCACAGACCUCAGAGACAAUCCCUCCUGCAGCUUCUCCUCCCCUCACUGGCUCUUCGCACUGUGACUCAGAGUUGUCACUAAACACAGCUCCUCAUGCUAAUGAGGACACCAGUGUCUUUGUGACAGAACAGUACAAUGACCAUCUGGAUAAAGUGAGAGGCCACCAGGCAAACUCCUUUACCUCCACUGUGGCAGAUCUGCUGGAUGACCCCAACAAUAGCAACACAAGUGACAGUGAGUGGAAUUAUCUACAUCACCAUCAUGAUGCCUCCUGUCGCCAGGAUUUUAGUCCUGAGCGCCCCAAGGCAGACAGCCUGGGCUGCCCUAGCUUCACGAGCAUGGCCACUUACGACAGCUUUCUGGAAAAGUCUCCAUCAGACAAAGCAGACACUAGCUCUCACUUUUCGGUGGACACAGAAGGAUACUACACCUCCAUGCACUUUGACUGUGGUCUCAAAGGUAGUAAGAGUUAUGUCUGUCACUAUGCAGCCCUGGGCCCAGAGAAUGGCCAGGGCAUUGGGAUCCCUCCUACUCUUCUGGACUGUGCCUGGCAGGACUACUUAGACCACAGGAAGCAAGGGAGACCAAGCAUCUCUUUCAGGAAACCAAAGGCAAAGCCGACCCCACCAAAACGUAGCUCAUCGCUGAGGAAGUCCGAUGGAAAUGCAGACAUUUCUGAGAAGAAAGAACCAAAGAUAAGCAGUGGCCAGCUCCCGCCUCAUAGUUCCAGGGAAAUGAAGCUGCCUCUUGAUUUCUCCAACACGCCUUCUCGGAUGGAAAAUGCCAGUCUUCCCACCAAGCAGGAACCUUCUUGGAUGAACCAGAGUGAACAUGGUAUUAAGGAACCUCAGUUAGACACUUCAGAUAUUCCACCAUUCAAAGAUGAAGGUGCUGAAUCAACUCACUAUGCAGACCUCUGGCUUCUAAAUGACUUGAAAACAAAUGAUCCUUACAGAUCUUUAUCUAAUUCAAGCACUGCUACGGGUACCACAGUUAUCGAAUGCAUCAAAUCUCCAGAGAGCUCUGAAUCCCAAACAUCCCAGUCAGAAUCAAGAGCCACCACCCCAUCCCUUCCUUCUGUUGACAAUGAGUUUAAACUGGCUUCACCAGAAAAGCUGGCUGGCUUGGCAUCUCCAUCAAGUGGCUACUCAAGCCAGUCUGAAACGCCAACAUCCUCUUUCCCUACAGCUUUCUUUUCUGGUCCAUUGUCUCCUGGAGGUAGCAAAAGAAAACCGAAAGUCCCAGAAAGGAAAUCCUCACUACAGCAACCCUCUUUAAAAGAUGGAGCUCUAUCACUGAGUAAAGAUCUUGAACUUCCAAUUAUACCUCCUACCCAUCUUGACCUAAGUGCUCUUCAUAACGUCUUGAAUAAACCAUUCCACCACCGUCACCCAUUGCAUGUUUUUAGUCAUAAUAAGCAGAACACAGUAGGAGACACACUGAGGUCAAAUCCUCCACCGUCCCUUGCAAUUACACCGACAGUCCUGAAAUCUGUUAACCUUAGGUCCAUCAGUAAGUCUGAAGAAGUUAAGCAAAAAGAAGGCAACAAUACAGAUCUCCCCUACUUAGAGGAAAGCACUCUCACAAUGGCUGCCCUGUCUCCAGGUAAGAUUAGGCCACAUAUGGCUAAGAAAUCACUAUCACGUCAGUACUCCACUGAAGACACCAUACUGUCCUUUUUAGACUCCUCUGCAGUGGAAAUGGGACCAGAUAAACUACAGUUAGAAAAAAACUGUACUUUUGAUGUGAAGAAUCAUUGUGAUCCAGAAACAGUAACCUCAGCUGGCAGCAAUCUUCUAGAUUCAAGUGUCACAAAAGACCAAAUACACAUGGAGAGUGAGCCUAUUCCAGAAAACACACCAUGCAAAAAUGGUGACUCUCCCACAGAAGGAUUUCAGAGGGUCUCUGCUGCCCGCCCAAAUGACUUGGAUGGCAAAAUACUCCAAUAUGAAGCUGGUCCAGAUGGAGCCCUGGCACAGGUCCAGAAGGCAUCCUCUGUAGAUCGGGAGGAAGUUGCACACCCUGAGUCUGUGGAUGUGCUCACAUCUCAGUCAAACUCCCCAACUAGAGCCACAGACAUAAGCAAUCAACUUAAACAUCAACUGGGGAUGAGCCGCCACCAUGACAAAGUGCCUGGGAAUAUCAGCUACAAAGCAGAGAUAUCAACUGCAAAUUCAUGCCCUGAAAAAUGUUCCGAGCAGGAAAAUACUGCUUCAGGUAUUUCAGCCAAAAGUGCCUCUGAUAACAGCAGAGCAGAGGAGACCCACGGAGGUGUGGAUGACACUUCAUUGAAAGGUCAGUGGUUGAUAACUUUGUCACAAUGGAAAGGUGUCUCAUGGUACUUUCUGAAGUUUUUCUUCCUUACAUUCCCUAUAACACAUUACAGCCCUGAGUAUUGGUUUCCCUCCACUAUUUCUCUUCACUUAUUAAAACAAUUGAGGCGCGGGCCCUGUGGCCAAGCGAUUAAGUUCGCGCGCUCGGAGAUGGUGAGGACCAAGCUGAAGGUCUGGGAAGGGCACUUGGAGGAAGAGAUGCCAGAUUCCAAGAAAUGA